ACAAGAUGUCGUCUAGUCGAGUAGUUACGCACAUUUUCCCAAUUUGUUUUUAAUUUAAUUUCACAUUUAUUGUUAUUUAUUUGCAACGAAAAGUGCUGAAAAACUUAGAUAUUAAACAGGACGAGUGAUUUGUGAUAAACGAAAACAUGUGCGAAUCUAAUUGAACUUUUUAUUAACGUUGAAAAUUAGUUGAAAAGUUACAAAGGCAACUGGGCGCAGCCCCAAUGCCAAAAGUGGGAAAAAUCGAAGUCCACAACACUUGCUAAUAAGGGCGUGUAAAAUUGCAUUGCAGUAAUUUCGUUCUAUAAAAUUAGUAUAUUAAGUAGUAAAUAAUGUUGGAAUGUGUGAAGUUUAUACAAAAUGUGAAUAUAUAAUAAGAAGUGUAUUUAUUUUACGGUGAUGGGAUGUGAUAUUUCUUAUCUAUGUGCAUGUUUUCCUUUUUGUAAAAUCAAUUGCGACUGAUUAAUGCGGUAGUUUUAAGAAAACGAAAAUAAGGCAAAUACAAGAUGGAAAUGGUUAUCGAAGAGACUGAUAACAACUUCGGAUUUCCCGAAGCGGGAACUUGGAACAAUACCAGCCACAUACCGCUGGAAAACAUGAAAAUCGAUGCUCCGAUGAUAUGGCUACUCUGCUCUCUACUGACGUCAAUAACAUGGGUUACCUAUAUAACAUUUUACAAUUCUCGCCUAGUUGGAGUUUUCAUAACAAAAAUUGUUAAUCGAUGGUUCAUAAAAGGCGCAUACUUCAAAAUUGGUUCAGUAGCAUUGAAUCCAUUGGCUGGAAAAAUCAUGUUCCGUGAUUUCGUGUAUAUAACCUUCGACUAUUCAGUGCGCGUUCAAGAUGGUUAUUUUAUAUUUCGUUGGUGGCGAUCUUAUGUUCCCAAAGAUGUUUCCGAAGAUCUUUCACAUUCGGAUACACGUCUCUCUGUGCAAUUAAAUGGUUUUGAGCUUCACAUUUACAACCGCUCCGACCUUUAUGAUCAGCUGGAGAAAACGUUUGGACUCAAGCCGUCGCUCCUAAUACCCACUGAUAAUUUAUCAGCUGAAGAGCGUUCAAAACUUAAAGAGCACACCAUGAACAUGGAAAAUGCGCGCCAAAGUAAGCGCGAGAGUGUUAAAAAUUCAGAAGCCAUGAAAGCCACUACUUGGCGAGAUUUGAUACCGGUCAUAAAGAUGGAUAUUUGCUCAGGCCGGUUUGUGUUCGGCAAUCGCUUGACACCAACAACUCUGUCAAUUUCGGUGGAGGAGGCGCACUGUACGUACAGUACCAAACCCGCAGUGUGUCGGCUGGAUCAUUUCAUGCAUUUCGUGAAAGCAAAUGUGGAGAAUGCAAAGGUCAUGUUUGCACCCAGCCCAAAGUAUACCGGUUUGGUGGAUGAACCGCCACGCUACAUGGGCGAGGGAUUUGUCGUUAUGAUGUGUAAUCAAAUGGAAUUGUAUUUUUAUAUGGACGAACCGGGUUUGGUACCAGAAGAACCGGUAACAAUUAUUCUGGCCAAUGGUGAUGUCGUCGAACCGUCGCCGCCCGUUUGGGGUAUCAAUAUAAAGUGUUUGAAAGGCACGGAUUUUAGCUAUGGUCCAUGGGCGGAUCGUCAACGUGAUCAUCUCUUCAAAUUUUUCUAUCCACCCGAUUGGCAAGAGAUGGUAGUUACACCGACACCCAAGCCGGGUGAGUUGCGCAGCUACCAAUCAUUCGAUGUUACGCUUUGUGUGCUGAGUGAAGCCACAAUUGAUAUACUCUUUUCGAAGGAUAAAGAAACAAACGCCAUGCACAUUACCGUGGGACCAGCCUCAUACGUGGAGUUGACCAUACCGUGGGUAACACACGUUGAUGGCUACACUUCGAAAAUUCAAGGCCAACUGUUUCAUGUCGAGGCCACCACUUCACUGCAGUACCGCAGUUUAGCCGAGUUGGAGUCACUCGAAUAUAAAGUGCGCAUACACUACCCAACUCUCUGGAACGCGCCGCAGGACUGGAGCAUCGCUUUAACUGGUUGCAAAGCGACUGCUUUCAUUGUUUACAAACAUAAGUGCUUCUUUCAGGAUCUCAUCGAGGAUUGGGCUAGCAAAGCCAGACCCGACAUUUUAACCUUUGUACCAUACACAUGUAAAUUCAACAUACUUUUGAAUGAAUUUGAAAUUUUAAUGCUUUGCAACGAGUACAAUUGGAUCGAUUGUUCGAGUGCGAAUCAGGAGAACAAUCAUUUGGCGUUCUGUGGCGACGUAUUCGAUAUGAGCUUCGCGCUGCCAUUCGAUGAUUUCCUGCCAAAAACAGUAACGCUCAAAUUUUGGAUACAUGGCGAAGGCUUAGAUUUGAGUUUGUAUGUGCCAGAGGUAUCUUCAGCGCGUCCCAUUGUUUUAGCUAUCGAUGAAAACGCGCGACUUUUGACACGCGGUGGUCGGGUAAAAACCCGUCCGGAAUUGUAUACGAAAAAGUGGCGUAAAAUAUGCCAACGCAGCGCUGGUUGGAUAGACUGUUGGACUGUGCCGAUCGUAGCACUAUCAAUACAGUAUGUUUACCAUCCUGUGCCACCGUUGGGUCCCGAUCCACAAGCCGAUAUCACUACGCCUGAAAAGGAAGAGAUUCUACUGAGUCCAAUGCGCAUACCUAAAAUACGAAAGUCGCCUGUAUCCUCUUGGCAAAAACCCGAGCAGCACAAAUUCGAACCAAGCACCCUACCAGCUGAUCAGGUUACCGUCGAAUUGGAGAUUGGCUCUUCGGUACUGAUGUGUUACGGCAACGUGUUACGCAACUUUAUAAAUUUGAAAGAAAACAUAUUUGGCGAAGAUCAAAACUUCACCGACAUGGAACAGUCCAAUGUUAAUUUGAAGGAGAGCACCUCAACCAGCACUACAACAAAUCCGAAAGAUCAGUUGCUGUCGAAAGAUAAAGACAUUGCCACAAAGUCCAUUUCGGAGGUGACUGUACCAGAGGAGAAGCAAAAGCCAUUCGAUCCACGUCUAUAUCGCCCCUUGGAAGUGAUAGUUUCACUGAUCAUACACGACAUACAAGCGCAUGUGAUGAAGAAUUGCAAUGAGAACGAUCCGCCAUGCCCAGUGGUUUUGAUUGAACGCUUCGGUUUCGAGAUGAAUAAACGCUUUCAUGAAACCACGCUACAAGUUUUGGUUAGUCCCUCUUAUUUGAUCACUUCGGAUCUGGUAGUGCGUCCGAAUCGCGAUAAGCAUAUAAAUCAGGGGCACUUAUUGCUCUCAGCGGUGCAGGUACGCGGCCAUGCGAUGUUUAGUAACGAAGGUUGCGCACUGGACGAAGACACCUUGGAGUAUUCGUGGCUAAUUGAAGUGCAGCUAGGAAAGUUGUCAGGAAAGCUUACGUUACCACAGCUUUGCAAUAUUGUUGUUGGCUUGGAGACCUUGGUAUUGCUGGCAGUGGAUCCGGAAAAUUGCUUGAAAUCUCCAAAAACCGUACGUAAUUGUCAUCACGGCGUGCCCAGCAACCAAUGUCCUCACACCAAGGAGGAGAAUAAAUAUAAAUGCCCUUCAGCUGAAGACAUCAAAUAUAAAAUGACCCGUGUGUCUAUAGAUGCAGUAGAUGUGUAUCUAAUUGAGAGCGGCACCGCUUUGCAUGCGUGGGUGUCUCCCAUUCGUUUGGCUAACUGCAAUUUGCAUGGCCAGCGUGUUAAGUCUGGCAUCUCCGGCUUGCUACCGUCUAUACUGUUACGUCUCUUCAUGCAUAACGGCAGUUCUUACUCGAACCUCACCAACUCUUACAACACCAACACCACUGGCAGCAAUCGUUCGGGAAAAAUGCGUCGCUCCGAACAGGAUUCCAUAAAAUCCGAGUCACAAGCCCAACAGCAUAUUGGCAAGCCGAAACGAAGCUCAAACUCAUUUUCGCAACGUCGCGAUUCACGUGAAGAGAACAAUAGAAAGUUGCGCGACAGUUUCUCGGAGAGUAAACGUGCGUAUGAGACUGAGUUUUUCGAGAACUGGGUCGAGGUUGGUUGCACUUCGUUGGGACCGAUACUGCUUGAGGGUGCGUCGGCAUUGCCCAUCCCUGAUCAUAAGUUGCAUAUCGUGCAACACAACUUUUUGCGCGAACACGAUGCCAAAUACAAGCGCUUAUGGUUUUUGUGGUCUACAAACAAUAGUAAUACUGCGCCUGCGCCUCCACCCUCCACCGGCACGGAGAUCUCACGCUGCGGCUGCAUAGGCGGCUGCGCGUUCUUCGGCAGCAAUCGUAACGGCUUGAAAUUUUUUAAACCCUCCGCACAAGACAUACCGGACAACUACAACAUAGCACGUUAUUACAUAAUCAACAACAACAAGGAUUAUGGUUUUGGCGAAAGCAUACUACAUCAAGGUCAAUUGGUGUUCCACACGCCACCCUACAGUUUGCAUUCGGUUUCGCUGCACGACAGUAACGAUUUCAACGGUAAAGGCAAACAUUAUCGCCCAAACGUAGAGCUGCGUAACGGCAGCCUCAAGAAAUCGGAGUUGGGCAGCAAGGAAGUGGGUGGAAAGCUAAAAAUAAGCAAUGCCAUCGAAAUACCCGACAUUAGUGGGCGCAAGUCGCGCGAGAGCAUCGGCUCGCCAAACACGCUUGAGCGACGCAAUAAGCGUUAUUCGUACACCACAAAUAGCAGGCAAACCUCUGUUGAGGUGCCGUAUGCGCGCCUUUUGGAUAGCCCCUCCAAGAAGGUGCUGCGUCAGGACUCAAAUGAAUCACAGCUACAGGUGGCAUUUCGGCGUGGCUCCGAUACAGCCAAAUCGCAGUCGCAAAACAACACACUACGCGUUUCACCACCAAAAACGAGCAUAUCCGAUUCGCGCUUAACCGGCGAAGCAGAUGUAGAAGACGAGUUGGAGAUUCCCGAUGAAAUGUCGCACUCGGCGCCGCACUCACAUCCGCUCGAAUUUGAAAUCGCCGAUUUGCCAUUGCCGAUGCAGCAGUACGGCGAAACAGCGCUUACCAAUGGCGCUGAUCACCUGACGCGCGAAGUGCAGCGCACGAUAUCAUUGACUUCGGAGAAUCCCUCCGAGAUGUUCUUCUCAGCCGAGGAGGAUAUAUCGAAUAUGAUGUCGCAAGGUGGCUCCAUUAAAAACCGCAACGGUUCCAUAGUCUUCUCCGGCAAGAAACGGUUUUCGUCUGAUUUAAGCAUUGGCGCGCAAAAUGAAAAUGCUGGCCUCACGCUCUCCACCUACCGCAGCGACUUGGAAAUACAUGCACCGGAAUCCAAAACCCUACCGAAGCGUCCACAAAGCACCACCGAAUUGAACGAAGACGUGAGACGUAUUCAUGGUCUUGCCACACCAAUCAGAAAACUAUCAAAUAUUUCAUCAAGACCUGAGUAUCGACAUUUUAUUCAUGAUGUUGAUUCUCGUGGUUCUUCGUCCGGCACACCAUCGCUCUCAUCUAACUCCUUCAUCUCGGCCAUGUCCUCGCAAGAAGAUGUCGCGUUGGUCAAUUUGCAUCAACAAGUGAAUCGUCCCAUCAUCGAUUCACCGCUACUGAUGGCCAGCUAUUUAAAUCAUUUGUCGCAGGUGAAAUGCUUUAAUUGGACGGCAUGUUCAUUUCCAUCGGGUCCGGAUGUGUUCUCCACGCCUAUGUUCCACGAAAACGAAGAUGGCGGGCUCACGUACAUAGGCAGCAAAAUGUUACCACACUUCGAUUUGUAUGCGAGCUGGCGUGAGAUCAAAGUGGUGCCCCGUUAUGAAAAUGCCACCGGCAGCAACAGUUCGGCCACAUUUAUGGGCGGUCCGAAGUCGCAUCCAUGGGAUCCCAGCGUGCUUUUGAAAGAGGAGGAGAGCGACAAGACCACUAAUGGUUUCGAUGAUGGCGAAUUUAUGAGCUUACAAGCGGAGGGUGCAGCCUGCACUUCUGUGGUGGCACGUCUCAAGGGUCAGGUUAAUGUCUUUCUAACACCACUAAUGCUCGAAGGUUUGCAGCGCAUGGUGGAAGCCAGUAUACCUACGAUAUCUUCACUGCAUUUGCUAUCCGUCGUCAAUCAUAUACACGCCUCGUGUAUUGCAAAAGUGCAGAAUGAUAAUAUACUCAAACGGGAUCAAAGUUUGAGUUACUGGUCGCAGGUGCAUUCGAAUUCGAAGCGCUCAACAACUGAGCGUAAUCUACAAGGUCCUGGGGACUCAUUUCUCAGUGAUGUCUACGAAGAGAGCAUAUCGACAAAGACCCAGGGACUGAUUGUACUACCGAAGAUUAGCAUCACAAUGCUACAAUCUUCCAUAAUUGAAGAAGUCAUCUCGGUCGCUGCGUUGGAUAAUGUACAGGAUCUCAGUUGUGUUUCGUUGUUGACCUUCUACAUUGAAGGCGUUUCGACCAAGUUUCAUUUGGGUAAAACGACACGCGCUUCCAUGCACAACGUAUACAUACAACAAACUGUGCAAUCGGGCAAUAGCCAAAAGAAAGGAGGCAUCAUGAAGGGCACACGUGCACUCUUAGCGCACUUGUCUUCACAAACGCGCCCAGACAAUAUACAGGGUGAGCCCAUACUCAUCGAAACAUCCGAAAAACAACUGGAGGAAUUGGUAAUAACACUUGACGUGGGUCGGGCACAUGUGCAAUUGCGCCGACUCAAAACCGAAUCGAGUUGUGGUCAAGAGUCGCCUAUAAUUGUCACCGCCAUACCCGAACAUAAAAGUAAAGUCCUAUUUGAAUUGCUUAAGAUGCCCGAAAGUACGACUGGGAUUGAAGGUAUUGGCUAUAUAAUGUUUGAAUGCGGCCUAGAGGGUGUGGGUGUCAAGAUUGUGAAGCGUUCACAUUUCGAGAAGUCUGAGAAUACUAAAGAAGAUCUGGCUGAGAUUGCCGAAGGUGCCACCGAGGCAGCACGUGGUGUAAACAUAAGCGAUUUGGUGGGCAGCGUGAAUGCAGACGUCGGCACGACCUCGAAAGCCGAAGCAGCUUGGCGCUUAAUUACUAAAAAGCCGCCGACACCUAAAACGCCAAAGGAAAAAUUCCAAACAGCUUUGGAAAGUAUAAUUGUACACGAACGCACAGAGAGUAUGAGCGAGGGGCGUAAAACCAACACAAAGGUGCAAGCCGAGGAAGAUAUUGAGAAGGGUAAAAACGGUGGUAAAGACAAUAACCUCGAAAAGAAGACGCCAAAUGUGAAGGAAACGGAAAAAAAUUCUUCGUGUGUAAUUGAGUUGAAAUCCGUUUGGUUCAAUUUCGCAGCGCCACCUUGCGUACCCAUUACAAGAAAAAUUGAUUUAACCCGACUCGAUUGGAAUCUCUUGAGCACCGCAUCCCCUGCUAUCACCGCAUGGAUGAAUCCCAGCAACCGUUUGGCCAUAAAGAUUGUGUCGCUUAUGCGCGCUCUGCACACACGGCAGACAGCCAUAGCGGCUUGCCUAAUGGCGGAUGCCCUGGAUAAUGAAAAAAUUAAGCGCAGUCCGAAAAUUAAAAAGAGUCGCUACGCCAAUAAUUACACAUUGCUAUCGAAAACUUUACAAGAGGAUCCCAGUUGUCAGCUUUGUUACAUAAUGCAAAAACUGGUGUUGGACGAGGGCGUCCAAAGGGUGGAGCAAAUAUUCAAACAAAGCGAUGUGCCACAUUUAAACACUUUGCGACAGGGUGUCAUUGUGCUAAGCCGUCAGUGGAAGAAUACGCUCUAUAAUCCCAUACUUUUUGAGCAUCAAUACAAGAAUAAAUUGGCACGUCCCAUAAAUGUGACAUUCUCGUUUCCGCAACAGGAGGAGGAAUGCGAUGAUGCGGAAUGUGAAGGUGAAGCCGAUAUGGGUGUCUAUGCGGCAGGCGUCGAUAAUCCCGAAGAGAGUGAGAAUGCUUUAUUACUUGGGCAAACACAGCAUCAUCGAAAUCAUAUUGAUAAUUCACAAUUUGGCAUGGGCUUUGCCAAUGAGGCGUCGCUGCAUGGCGCUGCGCAAAGAUCAAACUCAGCUUCGCCCAACAUACAUUCGACACGAAAAGGCAAAGCACAUAGCAAAUGUUCGAAUAUUUCACAUGGAAAUUCAUCUCGUUCCAGCAUACAAAUGCUGCCGAUUAUUUCUGGACUAGUGGAAAAGCAGGUGCCGGAAUUCGAGUAUGGUGCAUUGCAGGAGGGUUCAUUGAGUUCUAGCAAUUCGGUAAAUAAAUUUUGGCUCGGUCCGGAAAAUCAAAAAGAGGACUUGUACUUUUGGAUGGCCAAGCAGCAGGAGAAUAAAAAGAAAGAAAAUUCUGUUGAGCCGGAAAUAAUACGGCCGGCACCGGUGAAAUUACCAGGCGCUGGUCAAAUGCGCGGUGGCAUUUUGCAGGACUCAAUAAAACUGCUCGAUGCGCAUUUGAUUUUCGAACCAUUGCUCACAUGCUUGGGUGUAAUGCCGCAGCAGAUGGUGAACAAAUUCGCAAAUGCGGACAUUUCAUCCUUGGAGAAUUUCGGCACCAAUCUUUCACUCAUCGGCACCUUCGACUCCAUACGUGUUGAUAUUGUUGUAAGCGAGGCUGGUGACAAGAAGAAUAAAUGCGCCAAAAUAAAUAAGAAGGCAAAUGGACGGCAAUCAAUCAUGAUGGAUACUCCUUUGUUUUUGUGUGAACGCGUCGGGGUUGAGUUGGAGGUGUUGAAGAAAUCCGAUGGUAUGGUCGAUCAGGCGCGUCAAAAUGUUAUUUAUAUGUCUCGACGACAAUUGAAAAAACAUACCAGCACCGUUAUCAACUUGAGCCUCAAUAUACGUUACAUAUCACAGCAGGUCAAUAUGCCACUACUACGUCUCCUACAUCAAAUUACAAACAUGUACCAGAACGUUAAGGAAGCGCAAAAUGAGUUCCAUCAGCAGCCGGAUUUGGUUAGGAAAUCACAUGCGAAAGAUGAAUGUAGCUUAGCUUCCGAACCCAAUGACAUUGUCGGUUUUGGUUCAGUAUCCGAUCGCUUUGCACAUACUGAAAACUCUUCUGAUGAGCGUUAUGACAAAUUCAAUGAAAUGAUAUCCAUGACACAUCCGAUCGGUGGCAGAGUGCGCCCAAGUGGCAUUGGUCCCUUAAUACAACUGACACCCUCGCCAAAUGCGCGCAAUCGACCCUCAAGUUUUGCGCAAAAACUACGCUCAACUGGCAAAUCGGUUAAAGGAAAGCUAGGCUACACAAAUUUAAAUGAGACCAGUUCCUCGCCUUUACGUGACAGCCCUACCACCUCUGUGAGCGAGCAGCACAUGUUCAAACUAUCACUGGAGUCCAAAGCCUCCCUUAAUGGCGUUUGCGCCACCAGCGUUAGUGGUGAUUACAACACAAUUACCAAAAACGGGUUUGAUGGCAUACAGCCACUGCUACAAACGCCCAACUGCUGGAAAACGAUUUACAACUUGCUGGAACUAUAUGGUACAAUGCCCGAAACGAAGACCGUGCAGCGCAGCUCCAUGUCUAAUGAGGUGCAUGAUGCUGCCAAGUAUGGUGUGAAGAAAACGCCUGUCGGUGGAUUUAUGCGGCAAGAUACACGCAACGAUGACGAUGAUGCCACGAGCGCGCCAACGCCAUUGCCGCAGCAUCGUGAGCUUGUUGAGACCUUAUCGCAGGAAAAGACACGUUUGGUGGUGUUCGCCGUUGCGAAAAUUCAUAAGACACGCUUAAUGGCGACACUGAGCGGCUUAAAACUGGAAGCUGAAAUCACCACUUUGAACGGCAGCGCCACCUGGCGUAAAAAAGCACGUCCCGUCUCACUGGAGUGCUCAAUAACUGGUCAAGUAGGCCGCACCAUGAUCGUGUUACUAGAAGGUGUUGCACCAAAUCAACAAACUGUCGUUAAAGUAACUGUGGGAAAAUGUCAGACACUGUACUCUAGCUUGACCAAGCGCGGCAAAGAUAAGAAUAGUGGUUUGCUUUCCAUCGGUCCGGUAAAUAUUGAAAUACCGCAACAUCCCGUCGCAUUGCAUGGCAUGAUGACUCGUAGCUCGAAGCAGCUCAGCUCGACACUACAAGAGUUGCGUGUCGGCCGCAAUUCCGGUCGUUCGGCUUCGCGAGCACACAAUCCCGAAGAACCAGAGUCGCCAUAUCACUCACGCAGCGCUGGCAAAAGCGUCGAUGCCAAAGAGAAGACGCAUCCCCAGCAACCCAACAAGAAACCACCACCACAAUACAAAUUGCCACCGCAACAGAAUGGUCUGCUCCAACCGUUGGUCAUGCAAUUCAAUAUUCUGCUCCACAGUUUAUCCAUAAAUGCAGCUCUCUUACCUUCGUUACAAGCGCAGUAUCGCAUGAAUUGUGUUAGUUCGACCGGUGUGACAGGCAAUCGUGCGAAAUUCGUCAUUGACUUGCCGACACACACGCUCAGCUUCAAUACAAAGAUACAGGUGCGGAAUGAGAUGAACUUGCCAUCGGAGGCCUGCAUCGCGUUGCCACCAGUACAUGUUAGCGCGGAAUACAUACCAGAGCAUCGACAGGAGGAAAACGAACGCGUUGAGGGCAUUGUUUUGCGUCGCGGUGGUUAUGUGAAUGCAUCAGCCGAGAUUGGUGAAUUUGAACGUUGCUUGACCACAGAUCUGCUAAAUCAUCUAGUAUUUGUGCAGAAGGUUUUCAUGCGUGAAAUAAAUGAAGUACUGCAGAAAGUUUACGGCGGCGAGAAGCCUGUGCCGCUUUGGUCCGAAGACAGUGGCGAUACGGCCAGCGUACAGGAGUCGUCACUUAAGCGUAUACUCUUUUCGAUCAAUAUUUCGAUGAAACGCAUACAGUUGACAGCUACAACGCCCUGCUCAUCAGCUGUACGCUUUGAGACCGGUACGCUGGAGCUGCAUUUGUCCAAUCGUGUAAAGAAUCUGGGCGAAGGCAAUGAUCGUAAAAUGUUUGGCAAGGCACACAUCGAUUUUAAUCUCUCACUUGGCCAAAUUAUACGUAAUGUAAUCUUCGAUGAAGCCGAGCCGGAGUUUCAACAAUAUGCAUUCUUUCACACUACGAUCGGUUUGCGUAAUGCUUUCCAAGAUGAGCUCCUAAAUGAGGACAAAGAAUUGGUGCUACUAAAACUGAAGCGUCCAUUACUUUACAUACAACCGAUUGCCGUAGACAAAGCCAUUCUGGUUUGGUUGAACUACAAGAACGCCUACGAAUACUGGGCAGAGAAACGCGCCAAUUUGAAUUACGACAGCUCACAGGCUUUUGACCGCGUGGCCUUUGGGCAGAUCAGCAACAUUGCCGCUUCCAACUUGUCCACCUUAUUCUUGCAGUUGACUGUAGAGGAUAUGGGCAUAUGCGUGCCACUAAAUCAACCGGCUAACCCUUGGAGUACACGCUCUUACCAUGACUUUGAAAGCAAGGGCGCAGUAGUUAUUACUCUGGAAAACACGAUAAUAUCUGCAUGCAACUCUGGGUCAUUAGUCUCCAAAGGCAAAUUUCAAGGCUUGUGUCUGCGCUUUGCCGACGACUUUGAAACUACACUUGAUGAUUGGAAACCAAAUGUAAAUGAGCCCAUAAUGAAUGUGUGUGUUGUCUCGGAGGGUACAUAUGAGGUUUGCUCGCGUACCACUGCCGCCAAGAAGAUGGAAAAUGCUAAGUGGUUGCUCAAUGUGAAAUGGCAAAUGGAAGGUGUUGACAUACAUCUCGAUAUAAAUAUUGGCAAGCAACUUUCCUCACUUGGUCACACACUAACAAUGUUGACCGGUUUUGAGGAGGAAGAGACUAACAUGGAAUCACCGGACAGUGACGAGGGCGAUCACAGCUGCCGUGAUACCUAUGUGCGCCGACGUGAAUUUGAUAAUCUGCCAUCGUUCGUGUUCGAUCCGACCAUCGAUUCGAAGAAGCGUUCAUUCAUGAUGGAAAAAGAGAUGGCGGAACAACUGAAAAUCAUCAAUGACUUGCGCACAUUGGGAGCAUCGCAUAAUACAGUUGCGCAUGAGGAGCGUCGUUUGCAAGAGUUACAAGCGAUUUGUUACAAAUAUUUUCGUCGUGAUAUGAUACAGAAAUGGAAACGCCCAUCACUGCGACGACCCAUGAAAACGUCCAGUCGCUCAUAUUCGUUCAUAGGUGCUUCAACGAAUCGCGAACCAACAGAAGAUACUCUUAUGCCCGGUCCAUAUACGGGUCGUCGCUUAGAUCCGAUAGCUUCGAAUGAUGAGAUAUCCAGUUUGCAGAGUACGCCAGUUUCUGGUCAUUCGCGCAGCGCUUCGUUGAAAACAUGUCCGGCUAAUCGUGUGACCUUCUCCGAAUCGAUGCGUCAGACCUCGUUGCCCAAUGCUGACACGGACAGUGAAGAUAUUGAUUGGCGCACACAGGAAGGUCACGGCGAAUCGACGCCAAGUGAAAUGGAUAUUGACGGCACUUCAGUGGAAAUGCGUAAAAAGCAUGGCUACCAACAGAAACAGCAAGAACCCAAUAUCGAUUUCGAGCUUGACAUUAAGGUGCUCGUUAAUUCGGGCAAGUGUGUGCUGCACACCAAAGAAACUACCGAAGAUCGUAUGCAAUUAAGUGGAUCAAACACUGGAAAGACUCACAAGCGUGAGCGCAGCCUCGGCAAUGACUGGGGUAGUCCGACGCCAUCGCGGCGUCAACGUGAUAAGAGCAAAUUGCGCUACAACACAUCGAGCAAUGCAAUGCUCUCCGAUCUCACAAUUUUUCAUAUUCCCGGCUUGGAUGUCAAAUUACACUAUCAGUCGCGCACAGUGACCGAUUUUACGGAGAAUACACGCAGCAUGAGCAACGACAGCCAUCAUUCAACGGCUCGUCGUUUGGGCAACAAGAGAGCGUCACUGUUUGCGUGGAUGACGCUGCAAAGCAUACCGGAGGAGACAAUUAUCUCGCCACACAUUUUGGAAUUCCUUGAGCAGACUUUGGAGCCUAUACCAACAAAGACACCGGAUCUAAGUGGCGCCCAAACACCUUCAGCGAAUCCCGUGAACUUGGAUAUACUGCCCACGAACUAUGUCACAUAUGCGUCGUUCCCCGUGGAUGUUAUUGUUUACUUCCACAUGCAACCAUCCACCUUCCGCUUCUCUUGCUUGCCCGUGUCGCGUGUGGAAUGCAUGCUGCAGUUACCCAGUUUGGAUAUUGUGUUCAGUUCUAAACGUUCGGGUGAUGAAGAGCCAGCAGGUCAACAGGAACACACUUUAGAUAAAUCUACAUCGGAAAAGGACAAAAAGCCGACAGGUGGCUUGAGUGUUACCGGAUGUCUGGCGGAUUUCAAUGUCUACAUCUUCCAUCCUUACGGUGGCAAAAAGACCAAUGUAAAAGAGGCGCAGUUUUCACCACUCUCGGAUAGCGAGCGGAAGGAUUCGUUGAGCAUAAAUGUGGAAUUUGUGAAGUUCCAAUUAACACGUUGCCGCAAGAUUUACGUCGAGCCCGCUGUGAUGAGCAAACGUUCUGUGGAUCAAUCGCGCGCAGUCAUAAGGUUUUCUACUAUUGUUGACAUUGGCAGCGCUUCAUUUAAAUAUGACAUGCGUCGCCUAACCGAAAUUCUCGCCUUUCCAAAAGCUUGGUAUCGUCGGCGCAUAGUACGACGACUCUUUCUUGGCGAUUUGAGCAUGCAACAUAUGGCCGGCACAGAGCCUGCCACACCCACUGGCACACCAUCUACACCCAAGGAAGCUUUCAAGAUGCCCGGUUACGAGUGUACCAAGUCACCGGCAGAGGCAUUUUACGGCAAGGAUAAAAUGCGUUUGGACUUCGACUCGCAAUCAUCACCACCGCAGCAGGCACCACACUCGGGCGCGGUACGCAAGUUACGCACAUUAGGUAAGUCCUCCAGCGCAGACUCGUCAAGCACACCUCCUUCGGAGAAGAACCAGAUAACCGCUUGGGAAACGCUCGUACUAUUUGCGGUGAAUUUCACCAAAUUGAAUGUACAGAUGAAUAUGGGCAACGUAAUGGGUAAUGUGGUGUGGCUAACCAAAGAUUUCCAGUCGGAUGGCAGGCUCUCUAUUGGCAGUACUGGCUACAAAAAUAUGUACAUUGGCAUAUAUCUAGGUGGAUCUUCACUGGACGCCAAAGGCGGCAUAGUCGGUGGUAGCUUUGAAGUGAAUAAAAUCAAUACGCGAUUUCAUAUUAAGGAGGAAUCCGGUGUGGAACCUUACCAUACCAUACGUUUGAGUUUUAUGGCUUUGGAGCUACGCCUCGACUAUAUGGGUACAUCGGUAUUAAUGAUGCGCAUUAGUUCGUUUUCGGCAGCGAUGAAGGACGAAUGGAAGACCUCUAUAAAUGCGUUGUCCACCACAGACUAUGGCGGCAGCGUGAUAACUGUAGGUGGCCACACCACCAAACCGCGUGCUAUAAUCUUCAUACAUGGCGACUUGUCAUGGGAUCAGCUGCAAAUAAUGAUUUCGCAAUCGACCACUGCUGACUUACUGAAGAUGUAUUACAAGCUGGAAGAAUUUUUCACGCAACAAUUCAAAUCGUCGAAACGCGUAUUUUCCAGUCUCGAGCCGCGCCUGCACGAGCGCAACGCCAGCAUGAAACGACGUCAGAAUCGCGACAAAAAGAAGGCGACAACCAACGGUACCGUUGAUACCGCCGCCGCCGCCAAUGCGGCUGACAUCAGCAACACAGAUGCACGCCAUCACCGUCAUUGGCAAAAGCCGCUCGAGCAGGCCAUCGGUCUCGUGGUACCCACUUUGGUGACACGUCUGCCACGCAACGGCAAUGUGCUCGGUGGCACUGUGGAACUGCAUGGCAACAACAUCUCAUUAGCCUGCUUCCAUGGCUUAAACUUCAAGUCGAAGUCGUGGGCACUGUUUAGUUUGAAAUCACCCUCCAUCAAUUUCGCCACAGAAGCGCAUCAGGCACAUGACACACAUGAUGUCUUCGUAACGCAGACGCUCACUUCUUGCUUGGGACAGACCACUGAGGUGCAACAGCAAAACCACUCCAUGGCAAUUGUCAGCAGAAUUUCACGUACCAUCAUCUUCCCACCACAAUUCAAAACGCUCAACGAGUGGUUCCACUACGCGUUCGCUAACAGUGAAAUUGAUUCUGUAGAUCGUUUUCCGAUAUUGGAACGUGAUCGUGAAAUUGCCUCCAACUCCAUCGAGCGAACACGUGCCGCAGGUGCCAGUGCAAGCAAUACUUCAAAGACGCAGGAGCACAAUCACAAUCGGGAGGUGAUAUUUGCAUUGCCCAGCUUGCAACUGAAUUUCAAGACUGAACACAGACAAGGAGCAUCCACACCGGAACCCACAGAAACUAAGCCAGAGGUGCUCUGCAGUUUCAUAACCGAGUUUGAUGACCAUAUUUUCGUGACUGUAGAUGCAGAUGCCUUCUUCUUCCUGCAUGAUUUGAUAACUUCGUAUGUUAAGGAGAAGGAGAGAGUGCAGAUCGGUGGACAGUCGGUACGUGCUGCCUCGCCAAAUCUUUCACAGAAUCUAAAGAGUCAACUGAAACCAUAUGUAACCGACGAAAUACUCAAAGAUGCCAAUAUGGCAUCCUCGUCUUCCGCGAGUAAUAAUUCCUCUACGAAUGCUGUUACGAUCAGUAACACGUCUAUUAACGCUUCGAGCACUACAUUGGAUCAGAGCAGCAGCAGCUUGAAUGCCAACAGCAACAGCAAAACGAAUAUAGCUUCCGCUUUUAAUGUGGAAAAGAAGGAUGGCAACAUACUAGCGUCGCCAACGCCGUCAACAUCAGCCGCCGCAGCCACAACUCUGACAUCACCCACUGGCAGUAACUCUGGCACGACAACGUCCGCAACGUUAAAUGGCCCCGGCAUAAAUGGUAAAUCUAUAGAUUUGGAGUCAUUUGUGCGCGACUGGCGACAUUUUGAGUGCCAGACUUGGCAUCUGGAACCGACUGUGCGGCUGCUUUCGUGGGCUGGCAAAUCCAUUGAGCCAUACGGCAUUGACUACAUAUUGAAUAAGCUCGGUUUCGCGCACGCGCGCACUACCAUCCCUAAGUGGCUGCAGCGCGGCUUCAUGGACCCGCUAGAUAAGGUGCAAGCGCUCAUGAUGCUACAACUGCUGACAAUGGUGCGUGAAAAUAAAGUGGAGAACUCGCCAAAAUCGAAAACGUCAAACUAAUUUACUCUAACUUAAAUAUAAUUAAUUGCAAUUUAGGCAUUGUUUAUAGCGAAAUAGGUUAAAUUUGAAUGAAUGGACUUAAGACGAUAUAGCAGGAUUUAUAAACGCUAUUUAAUGUUUGGUGUGAUGCAUUAUCGGCAGCGCUUAGUAGGUGCUUGUGUGAGCGGCGUUUCACCAUUACGUAAUUAUGUAAAUUAUGCAAUACUCGAAGUAUUAUUGAAAGUGUAAUAUUUUUCUUAAUCAUUUUCGUAUAUUUCUUAUUUUGUUGAAAGUUGGUAGAAAGUUAAGCGAAUUGUUGAUUAUUUUUUCCAAAACUGGAAUGUGGACGUAAAAUUUUAAUGCAAUUACAGCUAAUUGAUAGUAAUUAAUAAAUAUACAUGUGUCAUUAAAUAAAAUAAAUAAACCAAUAUCUGCUUAUGCAUGUGACAAAUACAUACUGUA